AUGAGAAUCUUUGCCUAUCUCAUUCUCUUCUUCACCUGGGCUGUCGCUAGUCAUAUCGGCACCGGCACCAUCACCGUCGACGUCGGUCUCAACGCAACCGAGGCCAUGGGCAGCUCGCUUGCGGCAGAGACGGGCAUCCUCAGCAUCACGAAAGUGGUCAUCGAAACAUCUACCUGGAUGCAACCAUCGGUCGAGGCAACAGCCAGCGCGCCAAGGGGCGAUAGUGCGGCGUUGUCGCUGAUAGACCCGGGCUUUGUGGCUUUGAGCAUUGCCUCUGGUAUCAUGAUCAUCGGCAUGCUGGCAGUAGCAUGA